AUGGCUGGAAGUUUAAAAAGCUUUCGCGGUAUUUUGAGGAAAUAUAAAUUAAUCAGCGACAGUUCAAGAAUACCGGGAGAAUUUCAAAUUAUUGCUAUAUAUUGUUAUUCAGCUGACAGUAAUUUUCUCAAAGCUUUGACUCCUCCAUUUGAAGAAGGUGCCAAAGAAGUUAUUUAUUUAUAUGAUAUAGUACUUACAGAUGGCACAGAAAAGUUGAAAUGUUUCUUAGCUUUGCCAUUAGGUCAUUUAGUGCAAAAAAAUGUUAUAAAGGUCGGAAGCUAUGUACAAAUCCAAAAAGCAAAAUUAUGCUAUCUAGAAGGAGAAUAUAAUGAUUCUCAUAUUGUUCAAUAUGUGUUUUUGGAAGCAAUAAAAAUUUUAGAAUAUUCUGCAAUUGUAUUCCCUGAUCUUGCUGAGCUCAGAUUUAUUGAAUCUACAAAUUAUCGUGAAACACAACUUGUUCCAUUGGUAACUGGCAGAAAAUGCUAUACAUAUCCAUGGGUUCCAGUUUAUCCAUGUGGUGAAGAAUGGAUAAAUGACGGUCCAUUAGAAUUUACUGAUGCAGACAAUUCACCACAAAAUAUUUUUAUUCUUCAAAAUGUGGCAGAUGAUUGGAUAAGAAUGCCUAAACCUUAUCCAGCAAUUUUUGUGAGAGUCUUAGCUAGAGGGAUGUUAUAUUAUUAUGGCUUUAAUAAAAAUGACAAAUCACACCCAUUUAUGGCAAAGCUAGUAAUUGGAGAUUCAUCUAGUGCAAGUUUAUGUGUUUUGUUUGGAAAAGGAGCCACAUCCUUGUAUUAUCAUGCUUUACCUGGGACAAUACUGCUCAUUGAGGGUUAUUCUAUUUCAAAAUUACAGAGUCCUCUGUUUCCGAGAUUGAGAGGAGCUGCAGGAAAUCUUCCUUUUGUUGAUUUAGAAAUUGUGAUUGGCGAUUUUACCAGCGUUCGUAUUGUUCCACCUGAUAAUAAUUCUCUUUUAAUGCAAAUAGCCCUUUUGCCAAUCAUAGAGUUUUCAUUUGCAAAUCGGUCUGCCUUAGACCUUGCUGCAGAUGAAUCAACAGUAGAUGUUAUUGGUUUGAUUACACAUGUCAGUCUGUUUCACCGCUUUAUGUAUAAAUUUGGCAAGUUCCAUGCAAGAUGCUAUCUUGAACUGAUUGAUGGUUCUAGUCAUUUGCCGUUUGUUGUCAUUAUUUAUAAUAACGUUUUACGAUUUCCUGUAGAAGAUUUACAUCCAGGACAAGUUUUAGUUGGAACUCAUAUGAAAGUAUGCCAUCUGCAAGAUAAUAUGUUAUCUGAUUAUCAAAUGCGAUUAUACCUUAAAUCUACUCAUUACACAGAGUUAUUUACUUCACAUGGCCCAAGCAAUUUGUAUGUGAGAUAUCCAGCAGUUACAGCAGUUGCAAGUUUUAUACGCGAUCAGCAACAAGAAAUUGAGUUUAUUCGAGCAAAUAUUCUUCGAGCUGGUGGAAUACCGACAUUUUUCCGAGGAUAUAAAUCUUUAGAGGCAUAUAAAGAAAGCUUUGGGCAUAGUUUUGCUGGAAAGAUGAUCCCUGGAGCUUAUUGGAGGCUGGCUCUUGACAGCUUGAUUUACAGAGAACGGCGGUGUGUAACUCUUGGUGGUUUUAUAAUUCAAGUUGAAUAUUUUGAUAUUCAAACAGUUGAUUCACCUCAGCCAUUUUAUGGUUGGUCAUAUGGUUCGAAUAUUAUAUCAAGAAGAACUUUAUUUGUAAAUAUCAAAGCAAGAUAUAAACUGGGUAACAUUAUUCCUCUGAAUACAAAAUUAGAUGAAAAGUUAAUGUUCCCAUCUCAGUAUGCUUCAGAACAUGAAGAAAGAUUCAAGGCAUAUCGAAAAUUUCCUUCUGUAGAUGUAGCUGAUUGGCAUCCUCCUUCUGACGAUGAAAUAGAGCGUUUCCCUAUAUUAUCAGAUGGUUACUAUAUUAUAACUAUUGCUAGUCUGCAUUAUCAAGCCAUUCUGCAAUGUAUCUAUAUUCCAGAACCUAGUUCUAAACCACAUCCAACCUUCAUUGAAGCACUUAAUGGGAGUUUUGAGGCUUUGCCACUUAGAAAUGCAGGUCCUUUUCUAUAUGAGCCUCCAAGAUACACGUGGGAUGAAGUGAAGGAAGUGAAUAGGACAGCAUCUGAAGUCUGUGAUAAAACUUUUGUUUUUGCUGUUGAAUUGCAUCGUCCAAAAACAGAUAUUAUCCAGGCACAUUUAAAAAGAGCUUAUAUUUGUCCACCUGACCAAAUUGAAGAAGCCAUGGCUGCAGAUAGAGUGCUGUGAUAUCAAGUUAUAACUUCAAUUUUCUUUUGACAAAGUGUCAAUUGGACAUGCAGUAUUUUCAAAGACUUGUGGACCAAAAUUCUAUAAAUAAUUACAUAAGUACCCAUUCUAAGAAUGUAUAUAUGUUAAAUGAGUAAAACUCAAUUGUUAAGAGAAAAACACAAAAAAGAUGUUUAUACAGUAUUUUUAUAUGUCAGAUAUAUUUUUGUAACAUAUAGAACUUCAAAUAACAUUGAAUAAUCACCAUUUAAAUUUUAAUUGUUUUCAUUUGUUGAUAUUUUUAUAAAUCUUUUUACAA